CACAUCAGAAUUCAGACAUCACUUUCGAGACAGCUCACAUCAGUUCGCGAACGUUGAUGUGACUUUGACCCUGGAUCCUCCAUAGUCCUAGUCAUUCUUGGAGCAAACCAGCGUCAGCUGCAAGAUUUGGAUUCAGAGGUUCCUUCCAGCAACAGUAACCUUUCUGGGUCAACGCUCGGAUCAGCUCAGGAGCAACCCAUCUCAAGGGAGGGCCGAUUCUUGAACUGGGUCCUCCAUGUCCGACGACUUCCUCAUCACAAAGAAUGAUCCAAAAGCGAUCUUGAUGCGAGCCAACCGUUUCUCAAAGACAUAGACCGUCUCUUUUGGCGAGUCUGAGACUCCAGCAAGUGUGUCGGAUGGAGGAGACAACUAAUCUUGUGGUAUCUGAGGAGAUGGAGGAGGAGGCUGUUGGGGAGGAGGAUGUGCCCAGAUCGAGGGGUUGCGGUUGCUUCUGUGGUCCAAUCCAAUGGGUGAGAAUGCUCGCGGCGGAAAUGCAUUGGAGCUUCGUUCUUGGGGUGGUGAUUGUGUAUGGAAUAAGCCAAGGGGUAGGGAAUGCACUGACUGAUGUUGCAACCAAGUACUACAUGAAGGAUGUUCAGAAGGUUCAGCCUUCUGAGUCUCAGGUCUAUUCAGGAAUCAUAUAUAUACCAUGGGUUGUCAAACCAAUUUGGGGAAUUCUGACUGAUGUCCUCCCGGUCGCCGGGUACCGGAGACGGCCCUAUCUUGUUUUAGCAGGUAUUCUUGGAGUAUUUUCCAUGCUCGUGUUAUCAUUCUGUAAGGUGCACCUUGUUCUUGCCCUAGUGCUGUUGACAGCAGGAACUGCUGGUGUUGUAAUAGGAGAUGUUGUAAUAGACGCCUGUGUGGCGCAGAACAGCAUCAGCCAUCCUUCUCUGGCAGCUGAUAUGCAAAGCUUGUGUGCCCUGAGCGAGUCAACUGGAGGACUCUUAGGAUUUGUCAUCAGCGGGAUCCUUGUCCACAGAAUGGGUCCAGUGGGAGUGUUUGCUCUGCUGACGAUACCAGCUGGGCUUGUGCUAUUACUAGGAAAUAUUCUUGAUGAGCUUCACACACCAAAUUUUGCUUACAGACAGGUCAGUCAGAAGUUUCUUGAUGCUGGGAAGGCCAUGUGGACCACUUUGAAGAGCCCAGCUGUGUGGAGACCAUGUGUAUACAUAUACACAUCCAUUGCACUAAGUUUGAAUAUUCGUGACGGAAUGUUCUAUUGGUAUACAGAUGCAGAUGGAGGUCCCUCUUUCUCUGAGGAGACUGUUGGUUAUUUGUUCUCAGUUGGUUCGGUUGGUUACUUUCUUGGGGCAAUACUAUUCCAACAUGGCCUUAAGGAUCACCCUUUUCGGGAUAUGCUAUUGUGGACUCAGUUGUUCUUUGGUCUGUCAGGAAUGCUUGACCUGGUUCUCGUACUUCGGUUAAACUUGAAACUUGGCGUUCCAGAUUAUUUCUUUGCUGUGAUUGAUGAAGGGGUCUCCCGAAUGAUUGGAACACUCAAAUUGAUGCCUCUUUAUGUGUUAAGCUCGAAGCUUUGUCCCUGUGGUAUAGAGGGCACUUUCUUUGCUCUGCUCAUGUCCAUCGAGAAUAUCGGGUAUCUCUCGGCAUCUUGGGGUGGGGGCUUAUUACUUCACUUACUUGGGGUCACUAGAACUCAAUUCGGUAACUUGUGGUUGGCUAUUUUGAUCCGUAACAUUUUAAGAAUCUCUCCGCUAUGUCUACUGUUCUUGGUUCCUGGAGGGGAUCCAAAUGCUUCCCUACUUCCUGACGAAGUGUUAGCUUCAAGAGAAGGGACUGAGACAGUGGAGCCACAGCACGUUGAAUUGCUUUCACUUGUUAAUAGCGCUGAAGCUAAAUAACUUCGGGGCAAACCAGUAGCUACACAAUUAGCUUGCAUAUUUUAGAGGAAAAUACUCCAAAGGGGAAAUGGAGGCCAGGUAGGGGGUUACUUCUCGUUCUGUAUCUGAUUCUUAAGUGCAUCUUCCCUUCCACGGAGGUGCACUUUGAUUUUGCUUGUCUAGCUUCUUAUUUACAGAAACUGAGAAGCAACCCGUUCAUCAAUAGAACGGGGUGGUUCAGAAGAGACAAUAGUCGUCUUUCUUUGAUUUCUGUAGCUCGGACUCCCAUUCCCAUGUAACUUGUGCAUGAAGAAGACAGGAUUUGUCCCCAUGGAUGGGACAUGGAAGGUCAAGCAUGUCUUGACUCGUGAUGUGCAAUUAUGAAAAUUUUGCAGAUUGUCCAGAUCAGGUGGAUGAGGAAUGGUUUGAUUAAGGGUUUCCACUUGCCACUGACUGACCUUGCCAUUGGCUUCAUGUUUUUUGCGCAUUCGACUCCCUACAUGCUCUCCCUGCGAUUUAAUGACAAUGUAUGGUAUUGACGGUGCUACUCUUUUUCAAAGAAACACAUAGAUGUCAGAAUUAGCAGACGAUCAAUAUGCUGGUAUGGUAUGCUUUUCUUUUCCAAACAGAAUGUACAUAAUCAAAGAUCCAGAGGAGCUGGAUGCUUGAACUUUUUCCACGGAAACUGGGAAGAUUGACAUUGACGGAAAGAGCUGUGUAUACUGAUAAGAACAUUGGUUUGCUGCA